AUGGCAGCCAUUGAACGACCCCCCUCACCUCCUUCGUACUUGGAUCCACCACCGGCAUUUACGACAAUCACCACCUCUACAAACGACGAUGGUGAACUCCCAAACUACUCUAGAAACGCAGCUGCAGACGAGCGGAUAAUGCUCCUCGAACCCCUCGCCUCGGCCAGAGCGUCCAGCUCCAUGCAGCCGGUCGACUACAUUUUCACCUCUGAACGUCUAGAACUCAAUAUGGGCAGAAAACGCUUCCCAAUCAAGGUUCCCUGCUAUGGUAUGGACGGCGUCGUAGAGGGAAAAGUCACUGUCAAGGAUUUCAAGGCAGCAGCCAAACUCUCCGUUACCUUGGAAGGCGCCUGCAACACUAACGUUGUCGAGCGUGGGAUGAACGUCUACAGUAGCACCAAGAAGCUCUUGUCUAUGACGGAAGUUCUAUGGACUCGAUCAGAUGGAUCGGCAUGCCCAGACACGCCGCAAGACUUCUCGUUUUCAUUUCGCAUCCCGACGAACGUGCAUCCACCAUUGCCGCAUUCGUAUGCAACCGUCCACCCCGGCUUGAAUGCAGAUGUCACAUACUACGUUAAAGUUGACCUUUUCCGCAAAGGACUCAGGAGACACGAGCGGCAAACCAUGGUCUUGUAUUUGCCAAGGUCUACACCACCAGAGACUCCACAGAGGACGUCUGGGUCAUACACUGAACCCCCCGCCUUGGUGCAAUGGGAGACCAUCCCAAUCCUGCCCAGAUGCACACAAGCCAAAGCCGAGCAAUCCAGUCAGGACUUGUCCAACGAUGCCAUCAACCUCAUUCUGCCCUUGCCCAAAGUUUACGCGUCAGCCGCUCCGAUACCGUUCCAACUCGCUUUCCCCGGAAGCUCGCCGUUGCUUCCUUAUGUUACAAAUUCGCUUAUUGUCCAAUUAAUCAAGUCGACCUUUAUUCACGCCGGCGGGUUCAUCAGUCUACGAGAGGGAAUCAUCGCCACGGGUGAAAUUUCACGCAUCGAAGACGAAUCGUAUCCAACACCUCCACCAUCUCCGGGUUCGGACGACAAAUCGUCGACCAGGGAUAGCGUACUCGCACGGAGGGUAUACAAUGGAACGCUAAAGAGUUUCCGAGAGGGUGGUGAGACGAGCUGGAGCGUUCCAGAUCAUCUCGAGAUACGGCAUGCCAUCCGCGUGUUCCUCAGAGCGCCCAAGUCAGAGGGCAAUCUUCCUGAAUACUUUAUCGACCAUCCUGUUCAAAUGUGCACACACAAUCAUAUUCCCAAUGCGACGGAUAUUCACGACCCAGUCAUUGGGCUCAUCGCCAUCUCGGGCUCUCAAGGAACGCCAACGUCUCGUGCUAUGGUGUCUGGAGGUGUCUGGAUCUAA